AACUUUUUGCGCAGUUAACCUAUAAACUAACAAAUCCACUUUGCACGAGGUGCAGUUGGGGCAAAUUGACGGUUCAGUUCCGUCGAAGGAAAACAUUAUUAUUAUGACGUCUUCUUAUCUACAUUCUUAUCUAGUAUAAUCUAAAUUACGAAGCACGUCUCGUGUCACGUCGCUUUGUCAUACGAGUUUCGAGUGGGAUGAAAGGGCAAAAGUUGUAUUAUAUUUAAACGGUGUAAGAUACUUCGCUCCGUCGUACGGUUCGCGAUCGGUCGCGACGGCAAACGUGUCGCUGAUGUAGCGCGGUGUAAACAAGGUGCAACACGCAUCCGUGUGCGGCACGAGCAGCGCGAGCGUUUAUUAUGGCGUUUACAAGGUUUUAGUCGGCGAACAGCUGACUCGGCGAAUGCAUUCCCGCGCGGUGUGUCGUAAUAACGCGUGUACAAAUAACGCGUGUACACACGGCUCGUGAGAGUACACAAACGGAUCCACGAACGAUCGGUCGAUUGAUCUAACGAACGAACGAACGCGAUCUUGCUGGGCCUUGUGUUUUUGUUGACACACGUAGCUCUCGCCGCGGGAAGAUGCGUAUUGACGUGUCCUAAUGACGUAAUUGGUCGAAGAGUCGAGACGGUUCUCACGAAUGUCCACGUAUGUACGUAUCAAGUGCGAUCAAUCGCGCGCCUCGUAUAACCGCGUGCCCGAGAGGGCGAUGAGCACGUUAAGGUCACCGGCGUUGUAGGUAUUGUGAUGAGGCCUCGCGUUUAAAUUCUCGCCGAAGCUAUGAUGUCCAACGGGACUGUCGUGUCUCUGCUGCUCCUGUCGCUGUUCCUUCUGAGCGGUUUCUCCGCGGAACUGGAGCAUGGCUCGAAGAAGCGCGGCGAUAUCACGCAGAAGUCGAACAGUAACGAGGAGACGGAGGAGGAAGCUGCGAUCGAGGAUAUGGAGACCGCUUUCGAACAAUUGCGCGAGCUGAGUGCCCUGCGCGACACGAUACUCAAGCUUGUACCGGCGUCCGAUAAAAUCUACGAGAAAAUCAGUAAGCAAACGCCCAGGGAGGAGGAUGGAGAGGCCAAGACGGAGACUGCCAGCAAGGAGACCCUGGAAAAUCCAGGAACGAGAAGCGUAUGGAUGAAGACCAUGAUAGCUCAAACUAAGGAUACGGACUCUCUGGUUUUAAACGAGAGACCAUUGGAUGAGGAGGAUAUGGAGUCCUGGGAGGCUCAGGAGCUGUACGACACACUCGAGGAGGAGGUCCAAGAGCCACUGUCAGUGGAACAACAAGCUGCGGAGCAGUUGUUCAAGAAAGCAGAAAAUAUUAUAAAUGCGAUGCGUGCUAACAAGCAUGAAGGUUAUAGAUUGCUCGUCGAAGCGGCAAAGUUGGGCCAUCGAGAAGCCAGAUCUAUAUUGGCUUGGGCGAGAUUACUUGGAACUCCCCUGGGUCCUACUUCAUUGCGAGUAGCAAUUGACGAUAUACCUAAUAUAUUUAAAGUAUUCAAGGAACUUGCAGAUACAGGACUCCCGUCCGCUCAUAUGGGAAUGGGAUUUUUAUAUGCAACCGGUAUUGGUAGCGUUAAUGCGUCUCAAGGAAAAGCUUUGCUUCAUUACACAGUAGCUGCUCUCGGUGGCGAUGUUCGCGCCCAAAUGGUAAUGGGAUAUCGUCAUUGGGCAGGCGUGACGACACCAGCCUCUUGCGAACGCGCUUUAGAUUUUUAUCGAAAGGUAGCAAAAAAAGUCGCGGAGGAAGUCUCAUUGAGUGGUGGCCCAGUGGUCCAACGAGUUCGACUUUUGGACGAGCACGAAAAUCCGGGAUAUACUUCUGGAAUCUUUGAUCAAGAUUUAAUAGAGUACUAUCAACUGUUAGCCAAAAAGGGCGACACUCAAGCACAGGUCGGACUUGGACAGCUUCAUUAUCAAGGAGGUAGAGGAGUUCCUCUUGAUCAUGAAAGAGCUGUACAAUAUUUUCAACAUGCUGCCGAUGCUGGCAACCCAGUGGCUAUGGCUUUUCUUGGAAAGAUAUAUUUAGAAGGAAGUGAAAUUGUUAAGCAAGACAAUGAAACGGCAUAUAAAUAUUUCAAGAAAGCUGCAGAGUUAGGCAAUCCAGUAGGCCAGAGUGGAUUGGGUCUUAUGUACUUAUAUGGAAUGGGAGUAGAGCGAAACACUGCUAAAGCAUUGCAAUAUUUCAGCCAAGCAGCGGAACAAGGUUGGGUUGAUGGACAAUUGCAGUUAGGCAACAUGUAUUUCAGUGGUAUUGGCGUUAGAAGAGAUUAUAAAAUGGCCAACAAAUAUUUUAAUUUAGCCAGUCAGUCUGGUCAUGUAUUGGCAUACUACAAUCUUGCUCAGAUGCAUGCCACUGGCACAGGAAUGAUGCGAAGUUGCCCAACGGCUGUAGAAUUAAUGAAGAACGUUGCCGAAAGAGGAAAAUGGAGUGAUCAAUUGAUGGUGGCACACACCGAUUAUAGAGAAGGCAGAGUAAAUGAAGCGUUCCUCAAUUAUGCCCUGUUUUCCGAAAUGGGUUACGAGGUUGCGCAGAGUAACGCGGCGUUUAUCUUAGAUAGAGGAGAAACCGAUAUUCUAUCGGAAGAGGAAGGCUUGGUUAGAGCUUUGGCGCUGUGGGCGCGAGCUGCCGCGCAAGGAUAUUCCACUGCGCAGGUAAAACUUGGGGAUGCACAUUAUUACGGCAGAGGAACAAAAGUUGACUACGAAGUUGCAGCGGGCCAUUACCGUUCGGCGUCCGAGCAACAACACAACGCUCAGGCCAUGUUCAAUUUGGGAUACAUGCACGAACGCGGUCUAGGUUUAGCUAAAGAUCGGCAUUUAGCUAAACGAUGCUACGAUUUAGCCGCGGAUGCUAGUCCUGACGCGAAAAUACCUGUAGCAUUAGCUUUGAUUAAACUUUCUUUUCUCUUCGGCUUCGAUUACCUACAAGAAUUUAGUUUAGUUGAUCAAUUGGAUAAAUGGGAUCAGUUGCUCGGACAAAACUGGGAUCUAUAUCUUAUCGGAUUUCUCACAGGAAUGCUUAGUCUUAUUAUAUACUUCCGCAGACCGCAGCCACCUCCCCCACCGAGACCUCCUGUUAACUAAAUUUUGUACUUUCAUUCAUUUUAUCUGAUAUACAUGUAUGAAUAUAUACAUAGAUUUUUCUAGACUAAGUAUCUUGACAAAAAUUUUAUAAAAGAUUCGUAUUGGGACAUCAUUUUUGAUAACAUCCUUCCGAUGGCGCAAGUUGAAUAACUUCGAGUUCAAUAUUUCAUUGCGCGUUUUGAAUGUAUAUAUCAUAAUAAUUUACUUAUCUAACUCAUAGAUUAUUUCUAAAUUUAUUAAAAAUUAUAUAAUCAACAGGAUUUUUUUCAUUUAAAUUACUUGGGUUACUUGUAUACUAAUAUGUGGACUGUAAGGUUAGUUCCUAGUUUAUAAAGUUCUAUUAUUAAGCUUAAUGUAUAUCAUGUGAGUAGGAAUAUCGUCCACAAACGAGUUUAAUAUGAAUAAUUUUAGAAUUCUCUCUUUUUUGCAAAAUAGUACGAUAUUAUCAAAUUUAUGUAAAAUAUUCAAUUCUAUAUAUCAUUAUUUUCUUAUAAAUGACAUUAAAAUCUUUGCAUCAAUAUUAUUUCAUGAUAGUUUUGUACAAUUAAAUCACUUAUAUAUAUAUUACAUAGCUCUUUUCAGUGACACAUUUGUAAUUAUCUUAGAUUACACAUGAUACAUAUAAAAAUAUUAAAAAAUAUUGCUGUAAUAUAAAAUAUGAAUUAAAAAGUUGUUGAUUAUUUAUCUAAUAAAAUUGUUUUAUUGCCAAAGAAUAUUACAAUCUUUACAUGCAUGAUAUUGCAAUGGCUGUGCAAACAAUUGUAACUGUGCAAAUGGAUUGUAUAUAUACGUCAAAAUUGAGUGAAAUGAAAAUGUUCGAAGCGUGUGCAAGUGUCAUUGAUAGAUAUUACAUAUGACAAGUAUUAAUAUUUUCUAUAUUAUGUAUUUUUAUUUUAUGACUUGUUCUAUCACAUUAUAUACAGGAUAUACCAGAGUUGACAAUGUAGAUUACAAUAUUGGAACAAAUAAAUCUAAAAAAUAAAUUUAA